CAGUUAGAUGUGAAGCUUUUGGUUCUCCUUGAUCCUCUUAUCCAUCUCUCAACCGGAAUUCACCAUCACCACUAACCCGUCUCUUCUCUGCUUUACCCGAUGUACCACUGAGCUCACUCGUCUCCCCCUGACUCGACUGGUCCGACUCACCCAAUCAUGGCACUGUUCGGGCCACAGCAUCUGGAGCGAUUUAUCCUCACCAAGCAGCUCGGCUACUGCUGCACCGCCACCAGCUCCGGCGGCGGCAGUUUCUCCAUACCCACAUCCAACGUAUCGACCGUCUUCGGUGGUCGCCACCAUCAAUCCACCAAAACCCUUCAUUGUCCCGCGAUCGCCAUCGACGCCCCUAAUUCUUCUUCUCUCGCCGAUGUUGCCGGCGUCAGGUGGGGUUUCACUUCCCUUCAGGGCGCCCGUGAGGAGAUGGAGGACGAUAUCGUCAUUCGCUCUGAGGACGGAUUCUCAUUCGCCGCUGUUUUCGACGGCCACGCCGGCUUCAAUUCCGUCAAGUUCCUCAGGGAUGAAUUGUUCAAGGAGUGUGUUGUGGCUUUACAAGGUGGGUCGCUAUUGGGCGGGAAAGACUUCGGCGCCAUUAGAGCGGCUCUUGAAGGGGCCUUCCAGAAUGCCGAUUCAAGACUGCUAAGUUGGCUCGAAACGAAUUACGGCGAGGAUGAGUCUGGUUCCACUGCAACUGUGGUGUUCAUUGCAAGUGACAUGCUCAUCAUUUCGCACAUUGGGGAUUCGACUGUGGUGUUGUCUCGUUCUGGUAAAGCAGAAGUGUUGACUGACCCUCAUCGUCCCUAUGGAAACAACAAAACCUCCCUUCAAGAAAUCAGAAGAAUCAGGGAAGCAGGUGGAUGGAUAAACAAUGGGAGGAUUUGUGGGGACAUAGCUAUAUCGCGUGCAUUUGGUGAUAUGCGGUUCAAGACAAAGAAAAAAGAGUAUAGCCCAUGAGUCACUUCCUUUUGUGAUAAUGGUUUUAGUUCUUCAUUUUACAUUUGGUUGGAGAACCGGCAUCUGAUGGUAGUAUAUACGGUGCAUAUGACUAGAAUGCUGCAGAAAGGAGUCCAGGAGGGGAGGUGGACAGAGAAGUUUACUUCUCGAAUACAAUUCAAUGGAGACUUGGUAGUUGCAUCUCCAGAUACAUAUCAAGUGAGCUUGGGGUCAGAUGCAGAGUUUGUAGUAUUAGCAUCUGAUGGCUUGUGGGACUACAUGAACAGGUGGGUGGUUUAGCUAUACAUAGUUUGACUUUCUGCUCUAUAAUGCAACUGUGGGAGAAGCUCAGUAAAGCUACAUUUCUUCCUGUUGUGUAUUUUAGCUCAGAUGCAGUUCAAUUUGUUAGAGAUCAACUUAAGCAGCACGGAAAUGUACAGCUAGCUUGCGAAGAACUUGCUAGCGCAGCUCUUGAUCGGCGUUCACAAGACAACAUCAGCAUCAUCAUUGCGGAUUUAGGGAAGACAGAUUGGCAAAGUAUACCACCACUCCAGCAGCAGAACUUUGUGUUUGAACUAGGCCAAGCUUUCGCUACGCUUGGUAUCGUCUCUCUUGGAAUAUGGAUGUCAUCAUCUCUGUUCUCCUUAUAGAUUAGACAAACUCAUCGAAAAAAUGUGUAUAUAGAAAAGAUCGACUCCAAUCGACAUAGACUACUUGUACAUGUUUCGGUAAUACUCAAAUAAAUCGCAGCUUCCUGGGGCAUGAAAUGUUUCAUACUUGCAGCCAUAUCUCUGUUGAGUUGAAUUGGGAGUGUGAUGAUGGGAUGACAGUGUUUUGACAUAUGGUGGGAUUCAUUUGCUGGUUCAUUUUCA